AUGGACAUAGUGAUCAUCAUCAACAAAACCAAUUCCAAUCUCAUGAAGCUUCUGCUUGGAACAUUUGGGGAGGAUCUUUAUCUCCAGAUCAUCAUUCUCUUCUUGAAUUUGAAGCCAAGGGAGUCAAUAAGAAGCGGAAAAGGUUGGAAAUUGACUGCUGGCUUCUCAAAUCCAUUGGUAGUGAACACCUUUCUGGGUGUUUUGUCCACUCUAGAAAUACUAGCAGUCUUCCUCUUUAUCCUGUUCUUAGCUUGGAAUUUUUAUGCACGCAUCUCAAAUGAUUUCAAGAACUUGAAGCCUGCUAAAUCACUAAUGCUGAAUUCAUGGCAACUCAAGUACCUAAAGGUGGAAACUCGGUUUGGUUUGCUAGCAGAAGUCUGCCUGGCUUUUCUUCUUUUCCCUAUAUUAAGAGGUCUGGCCUUAUUUCGGUUGCUUGGCAUCCAGUUUGAAGCUUCUGUAAGACACCAUAUAUGGCUUGGGACUGCAAUGAUAUUUUUUGCCACUUUCCAUCGUGCAAGCACUUUGUUCAUUUGGGGGGUCAGCCAUUUUAUCCAGGAGGAGUCACAGAUAUGGGAAUGGCAGAAAACCGGGCGGAUAUACCUUGCAGGGGAGAUCUGUCUGGUCACAGGACUGUCACUUCUACAUGGUUUCCCUGGAAAUUUUCUGUUUGGCCUUGACAAGCUCCUUCUGAUCAUACAAUCUAGACCCGAAACAUGCAUUCUUUCAGCACGAAUCUUCCCCUCCAAAUCUAUAGAGCUUAUUCUACCAAAAGAUCCAGGGCCCAAGUAUACACCAACAAGCAUUAUAUUUGUGAAGGUACCAAGUAUUUCCAAAUAUGAGUGGCACUCAUUUAGCAUUACUUCCAGCUCUAGAAGGCCCUUAUGGAUCUGUCUCUAUGGACUUCCUAAGUCUACUUCUUGUUUCUGGAGGAAUUGGAAUAACCCCAGUUCUGAGCAUCAUACAGGAACUUGCUUCGUCCCAAAACAGCGGCACAUAAACAUAUUCCUACCAAGAAUGCAGCUUAUAUAUGUUGUGAAGAAGUCCCAAGACAUUUGUCCGCUGAACUCAAUCUCAGCUCUAAUAUUUGGCCAGCUAGCAGAAAAAUGCCUUCUGAAAGUUAAAGUCUUUGUGACCCAAGAAGAGCAGUCUGAUGCAACAGUAAGAGAACUAGUAAACGAGUUUUCUCAAGUGCAAACAGUGAACUUUGGCACAAAGUUCUUGAAUUUUUCAAUCAGUGAACUCGAACACUCACUUCGGAUGGCUACCAUAGCUGGAAUUUCGUCUAUCCUGUUUCUCAUCUUUCUCAUUAUGUUCAACCCCAUUUUUGUUCCCUCCCAGAAAAAUCCCACCAAGGAGAAGACUCCAUCUUGGGUUGCAGAUCUUCUUAUCAUAUCUUCCUUCAUUCUGGCAUUAAUUUGCAGCAUCUUUGUAGCCCUUGUUAUAAGAUGGAGAAGGCUAAAGAAACAGAUUCCUCCUACCCUCCAAAAACAAAGCAAAGCUUUAGAAAAAGGAUCAACACAAGCAAGUGAUGCUCUUGAGGAACAUGAAAUCCAUUUUGGAGGCAGGCCUAACUUUGAAGCGGAUAUCUUUGCAAAGUUUCCAGAUGAGACAGGUGGAUCUGAUAUUGAAGUGUUGGUCUAUGGACCUGAGACUAUGAAAGAAUCAGUGGGGCAUCAAUUUGCCAGAAAAAAUGUGGAGCUAAGAAGCAGAAACCCAAUUUCAGCUUCCACUCCCUCAAUCUCACACCAGAAACCAUAA